CCCAGCCUUCUUCAAGGUUCGCGCCUAUUAAUUUACUGUCAAAAUAAAAGAAUUAAUUUUUCGUAGCUUCUUUUCUGUUUGGAAUUGGAAGCUUUAUUCACGACAAAAAGUCAUUUAAUUUAUUCAAGUACUACUUCUAAUGUAACUGGACCAAGGUCAAUUAUUUGAAAUUGUUCUAUUAAACGAAUAAAAAACGUUCCUUGGAUUUGGAAGAAUUUGUGGACUUAGUUUGAGAGCAGUUUUCACAUCGUUUAUAUUUCCACUUGAGAUACUAAGAAUGUUUCUUGUUGGAUUAACAGGAGGAAUUGCUACUGGCAAAAGUACCGUUGCCAAGCAUUUUCGCGACAAUGGAAUUCCAGUUAUCGAUGCCGAUGCAAUUGCUAGACUUGUGGUCGAGCCUGGGAAACCAGCAUGGCACAAGAUCAAGGCAGCCUUCGGGGAGAGUGUCUUCCACGCUGAAAGCGGUGAACUCAACCGGGAAGCCCUUGGGAAGCUUAUUUUCGAUAACGUAGAAAAACGUAGAAUGCUGAAUGAAAUCACGCAUCCCGAAAUUCAUAGGAUCGUGUAUAAAGAAGUGAUCAAAUGCUUCUUUCUAGGGCACAAUUUUGUAGUGCUCGAUUUGCCACUCCUAUUUGAGACGGGGAUUAUGCUCGGUUUGAUGCAUAAGAUUAUUACAGUUACAUGCGAAGAAGACAUUCAAUUGACAAGACUGAUGGAUAGGAAUCAUUUGUCCGAAGCUGAGGCGAAGAAGCGAAUCAAGCAACAGAUGCCAUUAGAACAAAAAUGCAAUCAAUCACAUUUUGUGAUUGAAAAUUCAGGGACGCUCCAGGAUACCGAAGAGCAGACUAUGAAAAUAAUUGCUGUACUUCAGGACAGCAAUCAGCACUGGAAGAUCCGGGGAGUAAUAUUUGCGACUGCGGCUAUUCUUUUUUCUAGCAUAGCAUGGAUUCUUAACUAUAAGUAUAAGAUUUUUACCAGCAACUGAUGUUUGAAAGGUGCCAUGGGCCCGUAACAGACAUAGGUACAGAAGGGAGUUGUUAACAGCGGUAGCGUUAGUGGACAGAGUCCAUACAUUUACGAUUUCUAUUAUUUUCGCUGUUAGGGUUAGUGUCAUGUGCAUUUUGUAUAAUUUGGUGUGUAUAGUUGAAUUCUAUCGGAUACUAUGUAAAUCUUUUGAAGAUAAACAACAGGUGAAAAUAUUUUGAAGGUUAU